AUAACCAAACUCAAAUGUUUUCGAUCCAUGCAUUGGCAUUUUAAAAAUUAUGGAUUUUAACAUUUUUUCACUCAAAAAUGUUAUACUAAAUUUACUUUUAAUAAUUUCCAUAGUGAACGCGUCAAAAUUAAACGUACCAAGGGCUUUAUUACCAGUAUUUAGCGAUGUAUCAACGAAAUUUCUUAUAGAAGCUACUGAAGGGGGUUGUUAUAAAUGGUCCACAACAAGAACUGAUAUAAUCAAUUUGACCCCAGUUAAUGAGAAUUUUGAAAGGAAAUGUUCUUUGCAAGUUAUUGUCACAACUGUCACAAAGGAAGCGGCAAGAAAUAUAGCUGUGGUAUUAGCUGAAGAUGUGAGUACCAAACAAAUGCUGCGUUGUGAUGUUAUUGUGGAUGUAAUUAAAUCAUUAUCCAUUACUACAACAACCAGGGAAUUAUUUAUGGAAGAGGCUCCAGAAGAUUUUGAAAUUAAAGCACUUGAUGAUCAAGGAAAUGAGUUUUCCACCUUGGAAGGGGUGGAAAUUGAAUGGAAUAUAGUGACUUUGGGGCCUAAGAAAGAUGCUGUUUUAAGAUACAUAAAAUUUGAGGACUCUCCCUAUGAAACGCCAUCCUCAAUUGCUGACUUAGAAAGUGACAAUAAAAAGGGGUACAAGAUUUUACUUGAGGGAGUCAAAAGUGGUUCUGCAAAGAUUAUAGCAAAACUACCACAUGAAGAAUAUAAAGAAAUUCCACCAUGUGAGGUUCAACUAAUGGUUGUGGCUAAUUUAUUAAUUACUCCUGCUGAAGUUUAUGCCAUGCCUGGUGAUAUAGUUCCAUUUAAAGUAUUUACAUUAAAUAAUGGUGUGAUGACAGAAAUAGCAAUUCCCGAUGCUCAAUAUUACAUGGAAUCUGAAGAUACAACCAUUGCAAGCUCAAUAAAAGCUUCCAGCAAAAUAACAGCAUUAAAAGAGGGCAAAACUAGGAUUGUCAUACAGGAUAGAAACAUUCGACAAAACGAUCCUCCUUUAAAACUACCAGCUGCUACUUUAUAUGUUGUCAACCCUGACUAUUUGGUUAUAAAUGUAUUGCCACACAAAAAUUUGGCCAUUUUAGUGGGAGAUCAACAUGAUAUUUCCAUAGAAGUUUAUUCAAAGAACCAUAACAAACUAUUUUGCGGAGAUAACAUAGAAAUUUUAACUGAAAUAUCUCCAGAAUUUUUUGUGGUGAAAAAAUCACAAAACGGCACACGGAUUUCUGGUCAUGGCAUGAAAGCAGCAGUGGUUAAUGUUCAGGCCAGAUUAGAGAGCAUUGACAAUCCCAGCUUGGGAAGAUUUAGGUUUGAAAGGCCUAUUGUGGCCAAUGCCGAAAUUGUUAUCUAUCCCAGGAUUGUUAUUACACCCUCAGAAGUUAUUUUGCCAUGGGAUCCUACAACAAAACCAAAAUACGACAUCGACUUGGUAGUCAAAGGCGGCGACGGUCGGUUCAUCUGGACAAGCAGCGACCACUCAGUGGGCGUGGUCAGUCAAACCGGACACGUCCGAACGCACUCGAACGGCUUCUUCGAAGUAUCAGCAGCCAUGUUGCGUAACCACCACAACCGCGAAACAGCCAAAGUGAUUAUUCUCCCACCCUCCAAACUAGAGAUAGUGGAGUUCGUGAUGGAGGCCGAAAUAGGAUCGCCAGUGUACCUGCAUGUGGCUCUUUACGCGGAAAAAAUCGAUCAAUAUGGCAAAGCGAUUCAAAUCCCCUAUACUCAGUGCCAAGAGUUGCCUUUUAAAAUUAGACAGUCGGAUGCCAAAUUCGAGCACAAUCGUACCGACGUGCAGCCGCCUGUUGGGAUCGCGUGCGGCAACAUCGCGAUGGUGGGUUUGAAUGUGGGCACCAGUAAGGUGACGGUUACCUAUUAUCAAGAUGGCAAGGCUUUGGAGGAUUCGGUGAGCGUGAGUGCUUACAAGCCGCUGGAGUUGUUGCAGCCCAAGUCGGAUGUAGUUUUGGCGGUGGGGACGUCGAUUAAUUUAAUUUAUACUGGGGGACCAAGACCGAUAAUAGGCCGCCAGAGCGAGCACGAACGCAUCGUAGUGUCCGAAAACGAGAACGUGGCCUCCGCACGCGACCUAACCGACCCCGCCUCCCCACCCGGCGAAGAUCUAACGGUCGUGAAAGUCGUAUGCCGCCAGCUUGGCGAAACCGACAUCCGCCUGAUCGUGUCGAACAAACCAUCUGCGCAGCACUGCAAAUCGCGCUCGGCCAGCGUCACCACCAGGAUCACCUGCGGCAAGCCGCGCAAAAUACAGCUUCAGCCGAACUUCGACGUUGCCGAUGAUUGUCCGAUGGAUACUAGUGCUGGCAACGUGGCCAUACCGAAUUUAAGGAGCCUGGAUAUUGGGGUGUCUGUGUUUGACGAUUGCGGGAAGAGGUUUCUGAAUAUAAGCAGUUUGGUGUUUGUAUGGACUCUGACGCCGCCUAAGUCGGGAAAGUUUGCCAGUAAAGAUGGAACUUUUCCGCAAAAUAUUACAGAGGGCACAAUCGAAGUAGCAGAUAAUGCCUACCAAACCCUAACCACGACCGGCGACUUUAAACAACUACUGAUAAACUGCACGUUGGACCGUUACAACAACAAAAUCCUAUCCAAUAUGCGCAUCAAGCCCGAGAAUCCGCCAUUCAAAGACGAUACAGACAAAGAUGACACUGUACUGGUAACCUCAUCGCUCUCCCUUUAUCUCGUGGACGAAGCUUACAUCGAACCAUCGAGUAUUACCCUCUACAACCAUCCUGGAAAUAGAAGGAAGUUGCCCGUAAAACAAGGUUCAAGUUUCUUUGAGCUGGCUUUGAGUACUGAAGACGUAGCAAAUGUUAAAUAUUGCGAGUCUUCCAAAGAGAUUGAAAUAAUGCCGAAAAGAUCUGGAGAAUUAACUGUGCAAUUAAAAGAUUUAUGUCUUGUAUCCAGACCUGCUACUUUAUAUGUUACUGUAGUAGCUGUUGGUUUGAUCAGGGUAGAAAUGAUAGACAAAGUGGAAAUAGGAAAAUGCAUCAAAUGUGUUGUAAGAUUGUACGAUGAAAACGAUAACCUUAUGGAAAUCCCCGACAGAAAUAUGAUUGGAGUAAAACCAAUAUUUGAAAACAAAAUCGCAAAUAUACAACAGGAUGAGGAGGACCCCAAAGAACCUUGGGGACAAGGUGAAAUCCACUACACAAUCUCAGGGGUCGAAGUGGGAGAUACAAAACUUACUUUUCAAGUUGCUACUGGCGAUGAAGAUAUUGAAAGCGCCCCCGUAGAUUUGCAAAUAUUCAAUCCUCUAAGAAUUCAUCCUAGAAACGGUACGAUUUUGAUAAAAUCACAUCUGCAGUAUGUGGCCAAAGGAGGACCUCAACCUGAUGCCAACAUUGAGUUUGUUGUUAUUCAACCGCCUAAAGCUAAAGUACCAGUAUUGGAAAUAAACAAUAAAGGUGUGGUGUUUGGCUUAAACAUGGGUAUGGCUAAAGUUAAUGCAAGAGCCGUUGGAAUGCAUCCAUCAACAGGCCAAAAAAUCAUUUAUUCUGAGGACACUGUAGAUAUGUACGUUAUACCGUUGCAAGAUAUCAAGAUUAAAAUACCCAUAACAAGGUUUCAACAGGGUGUUUUCGUUCCCGUGUGGUGUUUUGGCACACCUGGGGAUAUUUCUCCGUUAAUUUUGGGGACCAUAGAUAAUCCGCCUAUUAUUUACAAGUGGGAAGUCAGACACAGUCAAAUUGCCGAUUUUAAUACUGUUAGCAAAUUGUUUGGCUUUGACUAUAAAAACAUUGACAAAGUGGUGUCGAGUAUAUACGGUUUGGAACCCGGUAAAACUUUGUUGCACCUUAACGUUACCGUAGCCGGCGCCAUUGCCGGGAAACCAAAGCUGGACAGUGUAACCUUCUCCACCUCAAUCGAUAUCGAAGUCAUUUUACCGUUUAAAUUUACAAGACCUAAAUAUUUGAUGGGAGACGCACUUAUUAUGGCGCCCUUCUCUGAAAUACCCCUUCAAACUAACCUUGAUGGCACCUCUACUGUCAUAGAAUACACGUUGCCUGGUACUGGAGCGCCAUCUACAGAACUUUUGGCGGACGCCUCUGUCAAAUCUAAUGAUGGAAGAAUUGUAACAGUUUCUGAGAAAGGUCUGUUAAAAUCAUAUGAAUCUUUAGGACACACCAUGUUGAUAGUUGUUGGUACUGAUGAGUUGGGUUUAAAGCAGAAAAUCAGCGUUAUUGUUGAUGUAAAACCAAUCCAAUAUAUGACCCUAAAAGUUCGCGCGAACUGGCGCGUACACUCCAACACCCCCCUGAGCUACAUCCCCCUCGGAACGGUGUUCACCCUAAAAGCCACGUUUCACGAUUCCAUCGGCAACAAAUUCGUGACCGGGCCGCUGGAUCUUAAAGUGCGCAGCAGCAGAUGCGAUCUGAUUCGCAUCGCUGAAGGACCCGAAGUGAGCUCGGUGCAGAUCAGCACUGUCAAGCCUGGCGUUACUAUGAUCAAAGUGUGGGCCGAGGGAGUCAUGAAUACUGCGAGUUAUAUCAAGCUGAGAGUGGAGCAGUCAGUUCAGCCUGUUUUUGAGGACUUAACGACCGGGGAUAUAAUCUGUCUGUACGCACCUGUAAUCUCUGAAUACAACUCGCCCGGCCAGUGGCGUUCCAGCGAUUCAAAAAUGGUCUUCAUCCAACCAGAACUGGACAUCGCCUUCGUGCAAAACAAAGAGGGCGUCGUUGUAUUGACGCACUCGCUCCUCUCGGCCAGCCCACUUCAAAUCCAAGUGCUUCCGAUAAGUGAGAUCGAGUUCUUCAUGCCAAGGAAUUUGAUUUUGACUAAUGGUGAGCUCGAUACUGUGACCAGGAUACCGCUUGUUUUGCACAGUGACAAGAGUGUCGGGAUGAAGACAAACAAUUUGAUUGCUGGAUGGAGAUGUAGAACAGAUGUAAGAGUUUUGGUUAGACCAACUAUUUUUCAAUGUUUUGCCAAAUUUUCAAACGAAACUAUAGAGACAAAACCUGAAGAGAUUUUCAACAUAUCCAACAGUUUUGUGCCAGAAACAGGUUCCUAUGCUUGCAAGUUUGUUAGUUUGGGAGUGUACGACAAAGAUAUCGCAGUUUUGGACACUGAUGUGCUAAUGUGGGUGGUGACGUCGGACGAAACGAUGACGUCAGAGAUAUUGACGGUCAAAUUCGCACCCCAGGUGUACCACCCUAGCGAAAUUUUAAUUGGCGAGGGCGAAAGUACGACGACUUUCGAGCUUGUUGGAUUGCCGCAUGUUCUCAGCCAAAUAUCGGUUGAGCCAGCUGACAGCAGUAUUUUGUAUAUUGAUCAAGGAACUAUGGAAAACCCCACAACUGUUAAAUAUGAGGUUCAAUUGAUUGAUUAUCAUUGGAGAAUUGCUAGUUUAGAAGAUGCCAUGGGUAUCCAUAUUAAAUCGCCCAUGACUAAACAAGAUAUUAAGAUAAUUGUUAAGGUUGUUGGUGGCAUUGCAAGCUUGUCUUGCCAAUCAGGAAGAUCACCAAUAUUUAAUUUCCUAUUCCUCUACAAAAACGCCCUACUUAUGUGCCUGGCAAUGCUACUGGUGUUCCUAGUGACAUUCUACUUCUAUUCUCACUACAUGCAACCGGUGGUCUGCGUGAAUGUAACCGGAAACGGUGGCAACUCAUGCGCAGCUAAUAUGACCAUGGAUAGACCCAGAAGCCUAAACUCAAAUCGCAUGGGCAGUCCUAAUAAUUGGGACAGAAGUUUGGUAAGAAGCUCGUCUAAUGUAUACGCACCAAACAAGUUCGCAGCAAAUGCGCCUACGCACUCAUGCGCAGCAAAUGCGGCCAAGCACGCAUGCUCAGCUAAUGCAUCCGCACUUGGAAACUCCUUUAACUCACCUAAUUGCUCGGCUCUCUGUUCUGCAAAUUACUCUCCAAUGCAACGAAGGACAGUACCAGGAAGCUCGUUUGUUUCUCCCAAUCAAAGCAACAUCUCGCGGUGCAGUAACGCGUCGCAAUGCCAAAAGUUGAACUGUUCUUGCAACGCAAACACAUCAAGGGAGCCUGUGUACGGCGACCCGAGCAGCUUUUACACUGGAAGUCCGGAAAUACGAAGAAAUCGACGAGGGAUGUAAAACAAACCAACUAAGAAAAAUACAUAUUUGAGUAUGUAUGUGUUCAUCUCAACUUUGACUGCCAUUUACUUAAUUUAAUAUUAAUAAGAAUGUCCCGUUAUUUUUGUACAUAAGUCUGGCUGUACAUAAUUUUUUGAUAAAUAUAUACAUGUGUAUGUACUUAUUUUUGUAUGCCGAAUUCUCAGCGAUUUGUUGUUACUUUUAAAUGUUUUGUUUGUGAUAAAGUACAAAUAAUAAAGAAUUAACG